AUGAAUCACGAUCCUUUUGAAUGGGGAAGACCUUCUAACGAAGUGUACGGCGAAUACAAUAAGACGAUUGCCAAUGCAUCUCCAUAUCCAAGUAUGCACACACAGCAGCCGAUUGUAACCGGUACAUCUGUCAUUUCCAUGAAAUACAAUGGAGGUGUGGUGAUUGCAGCAGACAAUCUCGGUUCAUAUGGGUCUCUUCUGCGGUUCAAUGAUAUCGAGAGACUCAUUCCAGUGGGACGCAACACUGUAGUUGGAAUAUCGGGAGACAUAUCAGAUAUGCAGCAACUAGAGUAUCUGCUAGAAGAAAUGCAGACGGAAAACAACUACGACAACCAAUAUGCAGACGAAGAAGAAGCUUUGAGGCCCAGCUACGUUUUUGAAUAUCUCGCAAACGUGAUGUACAGUAGGAGAUCCAAAAUGAACCCACUGUGGAACGCACUUAUUGUGGCCGGUGUUGAGGACGCCAAGCCAUUUCUGAAGUAUGUAAAUUUGUUGGGAGUUACCUACUCGGCUCCCUCGCUUGCUACCGGAUUCGGAGCUCACCUUGCAUUGCCACUAUUGAGGAAGGUUGUCGAUGUUGAAAGCGAUGUCGAAAACACGGACCUGGAAACUGCUAAAAGGUCCAUCGUCGAGGCCAUGAAGGUGCUGUUUUACCGUGAUGCACGCUCUUCCAGAAAAUACUCGCUGGCAAUCAUCGAUAUAGAGAAGGGACUAAUCCUUGAUAAGAACGCCAAGGUCGAGGAUAUGGUCUGGGGAUUUGCAAAGGAUAUCAGAGGCUACGGUACUCAGAAGGUGUAG